AUGACAAAGUCAGAUCUAGAACACUCAUUUGAAACAUUAAGAAAUACAAUAUCUAAUUAUGAACGUACUGCAAAAUUAGCAGCAUUUUCUUAUAAAGCUUCUCGUCUUCAAGAGCAAAUGCAAAUACUUGCAUAUACUUUAGGCAUAGAUGACAUAGAACCAAAUACAACAAGACAAGGCUCCACUCGUCAUACUACUACAUCAUUAAAUCAAAUGCUUGUAAGUCAAUGA